AUGAGUGGUAGUGGUCGAACAAAUCAUGAUAUAAUGCAGUUGAUUCGUUAUUCUGAUUCGUUAGAUUCGAAAGUCUCGGAAAAUUCUCGCGAAGCACUUAAAAGUUUAAUCGAUCAAGGUGAAGCUAUAAGCCAACUUGUUGAUUAUUAUACGCAGACUCAGUCACGUAACGCAUUGAACUUAUUGUGUCGUAUUAAAGAACCACAUGAUAAGGAGCUUUGUAAUCGUUUACAAGAGCAUCUAGAAAAGCAUCCAAUGGCGAUAAUGCUUCUACUUAGUCAAAUCGUUCAAAAAGCGCCAUGUUGGUUAACGAAGUUCCCUGAGCAUAGUCUAUUUGCUACUAUUUUGCGUCUUAUUCACUUGUCGCAGAAUGUAACAGUGAUCGUAGGUGGUAUUCUUCUUAUUUCAUCACUAAUUCCACACUGUUCUAUUUUUAAAAUUGGACCACUGGAACAUUUAUUUUGUAUACUCGUUUCAUCAUGUGUCAAGUUCUAUCGAUUCGAGAAAUCGCUUGAAAAAAAUAACAAAUAUGGCCUAAAUGCGAUUUAUUUAUCACAUAUGUAUUGUGCUAUUAUGCAAUAUUUUAUUGUUCUUUAUGGUAUAUAUCCAGUUAAUUUAUUGACAUACUUGAGAGAUCAUCGUGGUAAAUAUGUGGAGAACAAAAUAUUCGAUGUGCUAAAUGAUGUUAUCGCUGCUGUUAAACUACAUCCUCAUUUGAUAAAAUCAACUGCAGAACAGGAAUUAGAUCGCAGUCGUUGGCUUCAGCGUGAAUCGCAUGAUUUUUUAGCUGAUUGCCGUCACAUUCUUAUUCGACCUGUUAUUAACACAACUGCACAGUUUAAAGAAGAUGAAAACGUUCGCAUUUCGUCCAUUCGCUCAUCUUCAGUUCAGAAUCGUCAAUCAUUAAAAUUUGAUCAGAAUUCUAGCAAUUCGUUAUCAUCUAAUUCAUUAACGUGGUUUGAGCAGUCAUUUCAAUCGAAUAGCAAUCUGUGGGACGAUGAACCGUGGAGCCCUAGUAUCAGCUUAGGUCUAGAUACUCCUCCAAAUGAACGAACUGGAAAUUCCCUCGCAUAUCCACAACAGAAUAUUUCAGGAAAUGCCAUAGUGCCAAGCGAUGCAUCUUCGAGAAGAUCCACCUCAGGUUCCAUCGACUAUCGCAAACUUCGUCAUUCUUCUUUUGGACAAAAAUUAAGUGAAAUUUUUCGUCGAAAAUUUGGUGAGCAUGGUGAUUCAAAAAGUAGUGAAACUGUAUCUUUAGUUGUUUCUGAUAAAAUACCUGUGAUAACAGAUGAAUUUGGAGAUGCUGAUUCUAUUGAAGUCGUUGCUACAUCAGAGGAAGCAUGGCGUCGUAGUCAAGAAGGACAAAUUGAAGAAGGUGUUGAUGCUCGCGAUAUUUGCAUAGUUCCAUCUGCACAGAGUGAAAAACAGUCAUGUACUUCUAUUGCACCUUCAAAUGAAACAGAUUCUUGUGGAGCUCAUGACUCUAUACAAAUAAUUUCAUCUCAUCCUACACUGGUUCAUAAAUCAGGUGGAUCCCAUUUACUAAAUAAGGUCAGUGGAGCCCCUUUAGGAUCAGACGACAGUGUCGGGAACAAAAUGGCUGAUUACGAAUUAGACCCAAAUAAUACCGAAAGUCAUUUCUCAGUAGCAUCCUUUUCUCGAGCUAUUAAUCGACAACAGUUUUUCAAUGAUUUUUCAUUUUUGGGUGAACAGGAACAACUCAAUCUCUUGGGAAAGCAAAGUUGUUUCAAACCAAAUCUCGUGCGCUGUUCAUCAUGUCCGUGUGUCGCCGAUGGUACUUUAGUUAAACCAGUUGUUCCUCGGGAUUUCGAAGUUAAACGGCAAUUAUCUCUAACUGCGAUGAAAAUCAGCGAGGUUAUUAAUAGAAAAUUUCCAUAUCUGGCAUUCCUUCAUGGACUAUCUUUUAUGAAAAUAGAUGAAAAAUUGAUGGAUUCGCAGUUAAAGAAAGAACAUGAGAGAUGUAGGCGCGAUUACAUGGAAGCAAGCCAUAUUCAUCACACUUGUCUCAAACAAUUAGGUCUAGCUGAUCGAUUACCUAAUAUAAUAAUUGAUGAAGUGAAUCCAGGAUUAUCUUUAGAAAAACAAAGAGACUUGCUUAGUAAUCGGCUUCUUCUGAUCCGCCAUCAUUUAAUGUAUGAACGUUGUGGAAGAUUAUUACAUGCAGAACGAAAUCGUCGUUUAUUUGGUCGAAUAAAACAACAAAAAUUAUCAGAUGCUGAGAAAAUCUCUCUUCAAAAAGCAUUGCAUAAUGCACGAAUUGAAUCAGAAGAAUAUGUCAAUGAAUUAACUUCGCUGAGAUUUAAAGUUGAACAGUUGAAUUCCGACUAUCAGCAAAUGAAAGUUGAUUUUGAUAAAUGUCGAAGAAGAUGCGAAAAUGCUGAGGCACAACUGUCAUUGUCGAAAUCUAGAAUGGCUAAUCUUGAAUCUCUAAGGCCCGAAUUAGAAAAAGCUCAUCGAACAAAUCAAAUUUUGCUUUAUAGAAUCAAUCAGCACGAAACAAGCAAGAAAACGUCAAAUUGCCAAAAUGCCAAUGAUUUGUCUGCUAUGGAGCGUGAACAGCUUCUAUUAUUUCAGGUAACAAAACUGAGAGGAGAUUUGGAUAAAGAAAGAAAUGUGAAAGAUUCUCUCAGAGGAAGACUGGCAGAAAUUGACGAAGAAUGGAAACGUGAAAAGCAAAAAAACCAUGAUUUAAAAUUAACUAUCGAAAGGAUUGCUAUGCUCCAUGAACAACAGUCUGAAGCUGCUCAACAUAAAUUUCGUUCCUUGCUUUCAAUUUGUCAAAAGCAACAAUCACAUAUUCUUGAUUUAAACUCUCAUAUCGAAAAAAUUUCGAAUGAUGGAUCUGAAUCUACUGUCGCCAAAGUGUUUCCUCUCGAUAUUUCACAGAAUACAGUUCCUGAAGAAUUAUGGUCAUGCAACAGUUCAUUCUCGGGGCAUGAACUGGAAACAGCAAAGAAAAUCUUUCAAGUGGAUUUAUAUUUCUCCUCGCAAAGCGAUACUUCAACUCCUGUUAACUUACCUGGUUUUAAUAUUCAUUUCAAAGAUCGAUCAUUUCGAGAUUCGUACUGGAAAGACGAUAUAAGAACUCAUGGUACAUUCUAG